UCCAUGCAUUGUCAUCGACCCUAUAUUCUUUGGAUUUCCAAAUAGCGGCUCCCACCUCCCUUAAUGUUUUAAAACUGCAUACACCUUGAUACGUCAUAUAUCGAAAAUGUUUCUCCCUAUGAACUUUUCAACCUACAAAGGAAAAUGUUACAAACUAGACCCAAAACAAACCAUGCAUGUGACUUCCAGUCGAUGGCAUUAAAUGUUUUUCUUUAUUGUCGCCGAGUGAUUGUUGGGAAUUUUGUGUUAAAAAAAAAACAAUAUGACCAGUUCAGUUCAAUCCUCAAUGUUGAUUACAAUCAGGGUUCAAGAAGGCGCGCCUAGGCGCACGCCUAGGCUUAAUUAGGCGCUAGGCAGUGGAGGAUCGCCUUGACUUGGCCAUAGGCGUUGUAAAAGGCGCUGGUAGCGCUUAGUUUGCGCCUAGUGGAGAGAAGGCGUGCCUGGGCAUUCCUGGGCGAGCUUAGGCGGUUAAACCCAAUACUCUUCGUUUUGUCCUAGAAAAUCAUAAAAUUGCCUCUUGCCCUAGAAAAUCAGAAAUACGGUUAGGGGAUGACCAUGCUAUGUAUGUAUUCGUAGAUGAGGAUGAGGAAUUACAUUGUGCACCCUCGAGUACUGUUACAGAUGCAAUGACGGGUAAACAGAGUGAGCUUCGUAGGAGUGCACGAGUGAGAGAGCUCCAUGAUGAAGAAUUAGAGUGUGAAGAGGAGGAAGAAGAGGAGGAUGGUGAGGAGAUUGCUUUGGAGGAUGAUGAAGAUGUAGUGGUGGCUGGACGGACCUACUUGGAUGAUGAAGAAUGAACAUUAUCUUAUGAACUUAUUGACUAUGGUUUAGUAUUUCGACAUUUUAUGAACUUGUGAUUCUAGGAAGUGGUCACUAUUUGCUUGUUAUUUGUUAUGUUAAGUGUUUACUGUUAAGAACUAGGCAUUACUAAUUUUAUAUGCACUUGGAUUAUAUGAAUUAUUCCAGAAAACAGUAAAUAUUUGAGAACUUUUUCCAUUUAUGCUCUGAACGCCUAGGCGCGCCUAGGCUACGCCUAAUCAGGCAAGGCGCAAGUCAGGAGCCGAGCGCCUGCCUUACGCCUAGCGCCUUUUAGAACCUUGAUUACAAUGCUAUUUUGUUAUAGUUUUUUUUACAUGCAGUGGGUUUAUCUGCCCCGAUCCGUACCCGCAUGAGAAUUAUCAUGCUUGACUUAGCUUGUUAUCUAACAAGUAUCAAUAUUGAGGACUUGAGGUAUAGGGUGGCUCUUGGGGUGUGCAAGCAUACCUCACCGUACGAGGCCUCCAAAUUAUAGGGGCCUCCUAAGUCACAUGUCUCUAUCAAGUAAUUCAUUUAUUAAUCAAACUUUUCAUUUCGAAAUACAAAUUAUUAGCCAAAUUUUUGUAAAGCAACAAAAUAAUAGACAUUUGUCUGUUACUGUCAAUAAUUUUAUAACUCUCGUUUUAAUUAGAAUACUAUAAUUUUAGAAUGUUGAUCGCCAUGAGUCUCUUCCAACUAAACAUCAUAUUGUCAAGUGAGCGUUACUAACAAAACUGCUAAUGAGGCUUAGUUAAUACUUCGUAUUUCAAAAGGUUUCACUGAUAAUUUGAAAAGAAUGUACUACAUGAGGGCAAUAAAAAACAUUUUGCUCUUUACUUUGUACUUCAAAAGGUUUUACUAAUACUUUCUUUGAUUCAAUCUAUCAAAUAUUGAAUUUUUUCAUCUUUCUAUGUAAAAUUAUUAUUGCUGUUUACUGCAAAUAAUAUUAUUUUUAAAUAAAUUUUGAAUAAUUUUAUUUAUUAAAUUUUAAAUAAAAAAUUAGCCCAUAUCUUAUUUAUUAAACACGGUCAAGUUCAGAGCCGGCCCUGUUAAGAUACACACCCCAUCACAUGGACAUAGCCAAUCUAUCUAUGAUCCGCACUUGAUAUACAAGACCAAUGUAGUCAAAAGCGUGUUUCUACGUAGAAGCGUUUUGGUGAUCUAGAAGUAUAAAACCGUAAGCUUUUAAGCUUUAAGUGCAGUUUUUAACUACAUUAGUUAUAAAUACGGCGACUAUGCGUAGAAGCGUUUUAGUGACCUAAAAGCAUAAAAGCGUAAGUUUUUAAAUUUUAAAGCGCGAUUUUGACUAUGAGUAUAAGUACUGAACUACCGGUCAUCCCACCCCUUUGCUAUCGUAUGACUAGUGGGGUUUCCUUAUAUCAUUGGACUAGAACAAACUAAUAUUAUCCAAACUAGUGAAAUGGGUAAGCUAAUGAGUCGGCUGUGUCACUUUGCCCGGGCACUCGUGUUUUCCACUGAUUAGGUUCGUUUCAUUAAUUUCCUUGACGUUGAUUAUCAUGCAAUGGGUUUCUUUUUAUAAAAACCAUGUAGAUUUUGUGUCGCGCUUCGCUGCAGCUUAUCAUAGGAUAAGAAGUAUUGUUUGCUAAUCCGUAUUUAAUUUUUGAUCGUGAUUAGCAACAUACAAUAGAAAAACUCCUAAAGAAAUCUAAUUGGUAGAUGAUUUUACUUAUAUGUAAUGAUUUUAGCACGGUUGAACUAGUAUUUUAGGACAAAAUAUUCUUAUACAAUCUUUUCCUGAGCAACCUUCGAUAUGGUUUUAUAAUUUUUGGUUUUUUCUGAACAUAUAUCGAGACUCGGGUUGGAGCAACGUCUUGUUGUAUUGUAGCACAACAACAUAUGGGUAUUUAGCACAAAAUAUCAUAAUGCUAUCUUUUCUAGUACGACAUUCGGUGUGGUUUUACAAUUUUUGGAUUUUUCUAUACAUCGAGGUUCGGGUUGGAGCAACGUGUCCAGCUUGAUUUUAACCACGGUUGAAUUAAAAUUUUGGCACAAAAUACUCUAAUGCUAACUUUUUUUAGUACAACCUUAGAUAUGGUUUUACAAUUUUUUGUUUUUCUGAACAUAAAUCGAUGCUAGGGUUGGAGCAACGGGUAAAGCCUGAUUUAAGCACAAUUGAACUACAAUUUUAGCACAAAAUACCCUAAUGCUAACUUUACUGGUAUAACAUUCGGUAUGGUUUUACUAUUUUAGGUUUUUUCUUAACAUAAAUCGAGGCUCUAGUCGUAGCAAUGUGUCUAGCCUGAUUUAACCACAGUUGAACUACGAUUGUACCGUACUGGUGGUCCAAUAGAAAAACUCCUAUCGGAAUAUAAAUCAAUACGUGAU